AUGUCUCAGAAGAUUAUUGAGUUUGAACAAGGAUGGGGUUUAUUGAAGACGGGGAUUGCCAAAUCGAUCAGCAUCCUCGAGGACGAACAAUCCCUGUCGUUCUGUUCAGACGAGUACAUGACUCUCUACACGACUGCCUAUAACAUGUGUAACCAGAAACGCCCUCAUAAUUACGCCGCAGCACUCUACAAAAACUACGAGGCAACUCUUGAAGAAUAUCUCAGGGAAAAGGUAUUUCCAUCACUGAAUGAGAAGCAUGAUGUGUAUCUGCUGAAAGAGCUUACUAAAAAGUGGUCAAAUCACCUUGUUCUGAUCAGAUGGCUGUCACGCUUCUUUGGUUAUCUUGACCGUUUCUAUAUCCCUCAAAGAUCACUUGAUUCUUUGCAAAAGAUUGGUUUGAUCUGCUUCCGUGAAUUGGUAUACAAUAAAAUUUAUGGUCGAGUCAAAGAUGAUAUUCUCACAUUGAUUUGUCAAGAGCGUGAAGGGGAGAAGGUUGAUCGUGGUUUACUGAACAACACUUUGCAAAUUUUUGUGGCCAUUGGGCAAGGCCAGAUGGAAUUUUAUGAGAAUGAUUUGGAGGCAGCAGUCCUUUACAGUACGGCUAAUUACUAUCACAAUAUGGCUCGAAAUCAUAUUACAGAGGACAGUUUCCCAGACUAUAUGAUUAUGGCAGAGCAGUAUUUGAAGCUAGAGGAAGAUAGGGCUUCUAGUUACUUGCAUAAAGGCACUAAACCAAAGCUGCUGGAGAUAGUACAAAAGGAGCUGCUGCUUUCACAAGAAAAUGAACUACUUGAGAAGGAACACUCUGGACUGCAUGUCUUGCUGCGAGAUGGCAAGGUUGAAGAUCUUAAAAGGAUGUAUGAGCUCUUUCAUUGCAUUAAUGGGGGUCUCGAUCCAAUUAUAUCGAAGUUUAAGCAGCAUAUUGUUUCUGAUGGGAAGUAUUUGGUCAAACAAUCUGAAGAUGCUGCUAGCAACAAAAAGGUGGAUAACCAAGACUCGGCUGGUGAAAUGGUUUUCAUAAAAAAGGUUAUUGAACUUCAUGAUGAGCAUUUAGGCUAUAUCGCUAAGUGUUUUAAUGGAAACAAUCAAUUCUACAGGGCACUUAGAGAAGCAUUUGAAGUGUUCUGCAACAAGAUGAUUGCUGGCACAUCUGUUGCUGAGUUGAUGGCUGCCCAUGCUGAUAAUAUUCUUAAAAAGGGUGGUGGGGGUGAAAAAAUAAAUGAGGGAGCUAUUGAAGAGGCACUUGAUAAGAUUGUGCAGCUUCUUGUUUACAUCCAUGACAAAGAUCUCUUUGCUGAGUUUUAUAGAAAGAAACUUUCUCACAGACUCCUUUUUAAUAGGAGUGCCAAUGAUGAACAUGAAAGAUUCAUCUUGUCAAAACUUAAGCACCAAAACGGUGUACACUUCACUUCAAAGAUGGAAGGAAUGAUAACAGAUAUGACAUUGGCAAAGGAGAAACAAGUUGGAUUUGUGAAGUAUUUGCAGAGCAACCCUCAGGAAAAUCUGUGCAUCGACUUGGAUGUCCAUGUAUUGACAACCGGAUUGUGGCCAAAUCAUAAGGCAACUGAUCUGCACCUUCCUGCAGAAAUGGCUAAUGGUAUUGAGGUUUUCAAUAAGUACUACUCAUCAAAAACUCACAGUCGAAAGCUUACUUGGAUAUUUUCUCUGGGAACUUGUACCAUGGUUGGAAGGUUUGAUGCAAAACCAAUUGAGCUCAUAGUCACAACACAUCAGGCAGCACUCCUUAUGCUCUUCAACACCUCAGAUAGAUUAAGUUACAAGGAAAUAACAGAACAACUGAACUUGCCCAACGAGGAUGUGAUUAGACUACUACACUCUCUAGCAUGUGCCAAAUACAAAAUCCUGCUCAAAGAACCAAAUAAUAGAAGCAUUUCUAAAAAUGACAUCUUUGAGUUCAACUCCAGGUUCACUGACAGGAUGAGGCGAAUCAAGAUUUCUCUUCCUUCUCCUGAUGAGAAGAAAAGGAUACACGAAGAUGUCAAUAAAGACCGACGAUUUGUUAUUGACGCUGCACUUGUGAGAGUCAUGAAGAGUCGGAAGGUCAUGGGUUACCAGCAGCUUUUGGUGGAAUGUGUACAGCAAGUCAGUCACUCAUUCAAGCCGGAUGUCAAGCUGAUUAAGAGACGGAUUGAAGAUCUGAUCGAACGGGACUACAUGCAGAGGGAUGAGGAUGAUGCAAGUGUCUUUCACUAUGUGGCUUAAAACAAGCAGAGAGGCUUAAGUUGGAGAGAACAUAGAAGUUGGAGCUUAUUGGUCUUUCAUGUCAGACUCCAUUCAAGAGAAUUUCUCUUUAGGAAUUGUUGCUUUUUCAAAUUUCUAUGUAGAUUUGCCUGGAGCAAGCAACAGCACUGAAUUUUGUUGCUCCUUUUUUUUUCUUUUAAUUUUUUGACUCCACUUUAUGGGGUGGAGUUUUUAAAUUUAGCAUUAGGAGUUGUGCACAUUCAGAGAUUUUUUUAGAUUUAAAUUAUAAAGAAGAUUAUGUCCACAUUAUUUCCUUUUUAUGACUCUAAAUCAAACUGAAGACUUCCAUAAUAUGAUGAAAGAGAACCAAAUGCCUACAUCCAAUUCUUGCUUGCUUGUGUCAUUUGGUCAUGUUCUCUGUUUUUACAAGUGUCUGUUCAUACUCAUGGACUUCGUCUUUCUGAUGUCUUAUCAACCU